AUGAACCCUCCAUGGAACUCGUCAACUGCUUCUGGUUCUCCUUUCUUGUUGUUUCGCCGAAAUGCCAACUCUAGCAUGACCGAGGCAAACGAUCUCAUGGCAAAUACUUACUCGCCAGCCGAUAUGGCCUAUGUCUUGCUUUGCUGUGUGGUCGUCUUUCUCGUCACCCCCGGUAUCGCCCUCUUCUACGCCGGUAUGACCCGGAAACGCUCUGCGCUUUCCAUUCUCACCCAAUCCUUCCUCGUCACUGCGGUCAUCUUAGUUCAAUGGUACCUUUUCGGCUACUCGCUGGCCGUGGCUCCUGGCUCUUCUUUUUAUGGAUCCCUUUCUCUUGGCGGCUUACACAAUGUUUGGUUCGACCCUUACAUCCCCGGUUCCACCAUUCCUGCCAUCGUCUACUUUCCCUUUGGCGGCCUUUUCGCCGUCACCACUGCCCAACUUUUGAUCGGCGCCAUGGCCGAGCGAGGCCGUCUUGUUCCCUCGCUUGUCAUCGCCUUUUUGUACAUUACCUUCGUUUACUGUCCUCAAGCAUAUUGGACAUGGUCCUCCAAGGGUUGGCUUUUCACCAUGGGUGCCUUGGACUUUGCCGGUGGUGGUCCCGUCCAUAUUUCUUCUGGGUUUGCUGCUCUCGCUUACUCAUUCGUUUUGGGUCGCCGUCAUGAACCUUCGUUUUCCGAAGACUCUACCAAUUCCAUUGACGGCGAAUUUUCUUCUCAACACGUCGUCCAAGAAGACCCUUCUUCCCAAUCUUGGAUUUCCUCCACCAUCGUCCCGUGGGGUUCUGUCCGAUGGAAGGAUUCUCUCGGCCGCGGCCAUAUUCCCAAUUUUCCUGCCCAUAAUCCCACCAUGGCCUACAUCGGUGUCGUCUUCAUUUGGUGUUCUUGGCUCACUUUUAAUUCCGGAACCCUUCUUGCCAUCAAUCUUCGCACCGCUUACAUUUUCGCAAACACCCUGAUUUCCUCCAGCUUUGCUUGCGUCACCUGGACCGUUGUGGACUAUAUUCGCUAUCGAAAGAUAUCCGUCCUUGGCGUUUCUGAAGGAGCCAUUGCUGGCUUGGUUGGCAUCACGCCUGGCUGUGGUCAUGUUUAUCCUUGGGGUGCCGCUGUGGCAGGUAUUUUCACCGCCAUUGUCUGUAACCUCCUCCACGAUAUUGGUAAUUGGCUUGGCAUUGAUGAAACUCUUCGCGUCUUCAAUUUACAUGGAAUCGGUGGUAUUAUGGGCUCCAUUGUCUUGGGUGUUGUUGCCCAUCCAAACGUCGCUGCUUCCGACGGUGCCACUGUUAUCAAAGGCGGUUGGAUCGUUCAUCAUUGGAAGCAAAUGGGCUACCAGUUUGCCUCGUUUACCUCCGUUGCUGUCUGGUCCUUUGUCGUCACUGCGGUCAUUUGCCUGCUUGUCGACAUGAUCCCUGGAUUGCAAAUUCGGUGUACCCCCCAGGAAGAAGAACAGGGCAUGGACUUUGUUGACUUAGUUGAACAAAUUGAUGAGAAAGCAGGCCCCUCGACCAUCCGUGUCAUUCAAGCGCAAGAGGUGCAGGAGUCCAUGGAUACUUCUGUUACUAGCAAGAAACAAUGA